AGGCUAGCGAAGUGCAUAGCUGGGGUUAGUUACGACGUUGACUGAAAAUUUUCAGUCAGCGGUUUCGAUCGUUUCGAUCAUAAAAUAACAUGAAAACUUCCACUGUGCUGAAAACUCUUCAAGUAUUGCUUGAGUCAUGUUGAUUACCUUUGUAUUUUCAAGACAACUCUGCCAGUUCUUCAAACGUUCACCGGCUCGUGUGGUACGAAGUUACUCUAUUGAUGAGUGGAGAAAAUUAAGAAUGGAUGGUGAACAGGACCUUGUAUCGCGGCCAGAACCUGCUAUUAUGAAACUGGACACACCCGAGUUUCAUUCAAUUUUUACUCCAGAAUUGAAUACGCUAUCAACACUAUUUAAAAAAUAUAAUUAUGAGAUCAGAAUUGCUGGUGGGGCAGUUAGGGAUAUUCUAAUGGGGAUCCAGCCAAAAGAUCUGGAUUUUGCAACCACUGCCACCCCAGAUGAAAUGAAAGAAAUGUUCACAAAAGAAGAGGUCAGGAUGAUCAACAUGAAAGGAGAGAAACAUGGGACUAUUACACCCAGGAUAAACGACGCGGAAAAUUUUGAAAUCACCACACUUAGGAUUGAUGUUCUCACCAACGGGAGACAUGCUGAAGUAGAAUUCACCAGGGACUGGAAACUCGAUGCCAAUAGAAGAGAUCUUACUGUCAAUUCAAUGUUUCUUGGGCUAGAUGGAACCGUUUACGAUUAUUUCUAUGGUUACGAAGAUCUCAAGAAAAGAAAAAUUGCAUUUGUAGGUAACCCAGAAGUGAGAAUUCAGGAAGAUUAUCUUAGAAUACUCAGAUACUUUAGAUUUUAUGGAAGAAUAGCUGAGCAACCAGAAUCCCAUGAACCAGCCACACUUAAAGCCAUAGCUAAACAUGUUAACGGAUUGGAAAGAGUUGCUGGUGAAAGAAUAUGGAAGGAGUGGCAAAAGAUUAUGGAGGGAAAAUUCGCUGGUGAAUUAUUGAAGACUAUGAUCAACUGCGAAUUAGGCACCUACAUUGGACUGCCCAAAAACCCAGACAUCGAAGCUUUUGACAAAGUUUAUCAGAGAGCAUUAGAUAAAGGAAUACAUUUACAUCCAAUUACUCUGAUCACAGCAUUGCUGAAAGAUGAAGAACAGGUCAUGAAACUUCACGGCAGAUUGAAGCUGUCUGCAUUUGAGAGAGAUGUUGCACUUUUUAUUGUUCGACACAGGGAAGAUAAACCAUGUGAAAAACCUUUGAAACCUUACCAACAUCUAGUUUUAAUGCCUAAAGGAAAAGUUUACGGAACCAAGGAAUUCGUUUGCGAACUUCUCAGAUAUAAAGGGAACCUCGAAUUACUUGAGGAAUUCUCUAAAUGGCAACCUCCCAGAUUUCCUGUAAACGGAGACAUGCUCAAGCAGCAUGUUAAAGAAGGAAAACUAAUGGGUAAAGUUUUGUACAAGUUAAAAGAAGAGUGGCUCAAUUCAGAUUUCGAGCUCAGUGCUGAAGAUCUUCUGAAACGUGUACCCCAUAUUCUUGGGGAACUGACAGAUCCGCUUUAAUAAAUAUACGUUCAUAACAUG